AUGGCGUCAGUAACAUCGUCCACGCCGUCGACGCAAGCAUCCACAGCUGCGUCGCGCACGACAAGCAGGAGCAGGACCGUCAGGCCGCGCCAGGUCAUCGCACCGCUCACGACAACAUUCACGCCUGCUCCGGAAUGCAGCCAUUGGACAGACAGUGGGCCCGGUCGGAUCACCAGCGGCACGUUGUCUGCGCAAUGCGUGGCCUUCUACUCCAUUGUCGUGUGCAACUCGCAGACGACAUCGGCGCCGCCGUGCCUUCCUACUGGUUCUACAUUUGAGACAGUCUAUGGCGCGUUCUAUUCCCCAGGGCUCUUUUGUCCGUCGGGGUGGCAGCCAGUGGCCUCUGUGACGGCGGGCGACAAGGGCGACGAGUACGGGUUUAAGAAUGCGAUGCGCGUGGAUGCCCUGCUCCCGGACGAGACCGCGGUUGCAUGCUGCCCAAGCAACUACGCGUACUUUCCCAUCGUGGAUGCCGGAGGCGCGAGUGGCAUCUGCACCAGCAACGUCGUCACCAAUCCCGUGUCGUACAAGUCUUGCGUGCCCUCUUCCUUCUUCCAAGAAAUCACCCGGUCUGAUAUCGGCGAGUACAUUACCGUGAACUAUACCCAGCAGCGCAGCCUCAACAGCGACUCGAGCACUCGCGUCUGGUUCGCAGGCAUUCAAGUCAUUGCGCCUACAGUGCAGAUCAAUCACCGGCCGCAAGACCGAAGCCUGGCACCCACCUCGUCGUCGCAGUCCAGCGUCCCCACGAACGGCACCUACAGUGGAGGGGCCGGUGGUGGCAUCCAAGGCUCAACGACAGCGACGCUCAGGGCAGGCGGGAUUGCGGGCAUAGUGAUUGGAGCAGAGGCCAAGACGCCACACAUCGAAGAUAGCGGCAACGACGCCGGCUAUGCCAAGCCGGAGCUGGACUCGGCAGAGCAAGCAAGACCAGAACUGGAAGAUUCAGCCAGACUUGAGCUUGAUGCUGCCACAAGCCACCCCAUUGUGGAGCUGGAAGGGGACAACACACGUCCCCGUAGCGAGCUGCCGGGCCAUUGA